GAAACCAUGGGUGUGAUAUUUUCAUAAUAAAACCCAAACGGACCAUCUCGGAUCCCUUUUCCGAACCAAAAUCAAACGCUAUAGGCGAAACAAGCCCUAAUUUCCCAUUCCUUUAUCUUUCUCCGCUACUAUUAUCAAACCAGACCUCCUCAUCAUCAUUGUAGUCUACAACUUCCACAUCAUCUCCUUCGGUGAAUUUUCACCUCACAAUUCUUCAUUCGUGAUAGGCGCACAAAAGCAACGAGGUCUAACUCGAGGCGCGAAGCGCAAAAGCGGUGGGCUUUCAUACCCGAGGCACAUAUAGUUGUAGAUUUAGUGACUAUAUGGAACGGAAUAGACGGAACCCCUCCUUCAAGAAACGCCCUAAUCCCAAUAUUAACAGGGGCGGUAACAAAAGAGGGAGAUUCAGUGAACAAUCUUCAUCAAGCUCUAAGGCUCCAGAGACAGUCUACAAAAUAUUAUGUCAAUCUAGAAAAAUCGGUAGUGUUCUCGGGAAAGGUGGUGGGAUAGUCAAAGCCUUGAGAGAAGAGACCCAAGCUAAAAUUACGGUUUCUGAGACGGUUCCCGGUUCAGAAGAAAGAGUAAUAACAAUAUCUAGCCCUUCAAGUUUGCCGGUAAAAAGCAACACCGGGGAUAAUCAGGAGAAUAAUGAUAUGGAGCUGUAUUGUGCAGCUCAAGAUGCUUUAUUGAAAGUUCACGACAGAAUAAUUGAGGAAGACGUAGCAGGUGAAAAUCCGAUAAUGGCACGCCUGCUUGUUCCGAACAAUACGGUUGGGUGUGUUUUGGGGAAAAAGGGAGAUGUUAUUCAGAGAUUACGGAGUGAAACUGGUGCAAGUAUACGCGUCAUGCCUGGAGACCAGCGUCCUGCAUGUGCGAUGACUACUGAUGAGUUGGUCCAGAUAUCAGCGAAACCAGAUGUUGCAAAAAGGGCUCUCUAUCAAGUGUCUACAUUAUUGCAUCAGAAUCCACGCAAGGACAAACCUCCAUCCGUGAAGGGUGGCCAAAACACGACCCCUACAAACGUAAUGCGAGGUGAGCGUAGGUCAAGUGCCCGUAGUGAACCACCCAUGUCAUGGAUGGGGCCCACCAGAUUCGGGCCCAAUGGCUCUAACGGUGAUUUUGCUGCUACACAUGGUGAGGAUAUCGCGUCUGAGUUUUCAAUGAAGGUCCUUUGCUCUUCAGCUAAAAUCGGAGGGGUGAUUGGUCAAGGGGGGUCAAAUGUAUGGCAGUUGCAGCAAGCGACAGGAACUAACAUACACGUGGAUGAUGCUUCUGUAGAGUCUGAUGAGCGUGUCAUUCGGGUGUCUGCUUUUGAGGCUUUAAGGAACCCAAGGUCACAAACGAUUGAUGCAGUUCUUAAUCUCCAAGAUAAAAUGAGUGAACCCAAUGAGAAAAGGGUUAUUACUAUUACUACAAGACUUCUUAUCCCGUCUAGUAAAGUCGGUUGCAUAAUUGGACAAGGAGGUCAGGUAAUCAAUGAGAUGCGGAGAAGAACAAAAGCAGAUAUCCGUGUUUUCCCUAAGGAAGAAAAACCGAAGUGUGCUGGUGAAGAUGAAGAGCUUGUGCAGGUGUCUGGGAGUUACAAUUCUGCUAAAGAUGCUGUGUCUGAGAUUGCUUUAAGAUAUAGAGCAAGAUGUCUCAGAGAUGCAAAGCCUGGAACAGAGCCUUCUUCAGCAGGCCCAAUUCCGGGAUUCGUGCCGGUAAGAAACUUUAUAUGCGAAGGACCAUCUCCUUUUGGUGUCACACGGGGCGGUCCGUCAUUAGGCUAUGAACAUUUUCAGGGUGGUGGAAGAGAGUAUGAACCUCUAAGUUAUCCAGCUCCUUCAACAGAAUAUAGGCCUCAUGGUUAUCCAGUUCCUCCACGCGCCUCUGGAUACCCAGGUGCUGUGGACGUGAAGAUAUCAAACAGUGGACAAGUUUCUGGUUUGGGACCUGGAGUUCACAACAUUAAUGAGGUUCCAGGAACAGCGCUAAAACCGCAAGAUCCAUAUGCUGUUGGUGCGGAACCCGCUUCUGAUAUACUUGGUCCUAAUGCUAUCCAUGGUGUCAAUGUUUACCAAGGAUAUGGUGGUUCGAGCGUGCAAAACCAUCCUCUAAAUCCCACAUACAAUAACUACGGUACUCAGCUAGGUCCCUUUUCAGAUAUGAACUCUUCUUCACACACAUCAUAUCCCACCACCACCCCCACCGCCACCAUCGCUGCUGCCGCCGCCGCCGCUGCUAUUACCAACCUUCAUCAACCACCCUACCCCCCUCAACAAGGCAGUUAUCCGGAAAGUUCUUAUCAGUACGGACACUAAGUUUGGGCUUUUCUUGUACCAUGAUCGACAAAACUAUUUACAAGACACCCAAUGUCAGAACUAUUGUUGACUGCCUUUUUAGAAAUGUGACCAGAGAUAAAUUUUAUGGUUUGGCACAACCGUGACCGUGUUCUUGCCUAGAAAAUGAACGACAUGUCUUGUUAUCAUUUGACAAAGAUGAGACUUAUGGUUAGGUGCCUUGACAUGUUAUUUUCAGCCUUACUUAAAUGAUGUCCACAAACCUAGGUUUGAA